AACUUUUUUUUUUACUGAAGCGUACCUCGCGGGGUUCCGUAGUAUACAUGACGUCAGCAUGACAACAAACUAGUUAGCUCUUAGCGCUGUGCCAUAGCUAACAGCUCAAUGGGAAAAGCAAAUCAAUUAAGACUUGAAAUUGGAAGAUACUGGCACAUCAAUCGUCUGUAUAUGAAAUUAUUUUGAAAAUGUGAGGUUGAAGAUGGUUAUUUUGUGUGUAGCUCAAUACUAAUCAGUAGCUAGCUAGUUUUAAUAACCGACAUUUGAGCUUGGCUAGCCGUUAGUUAGCACUUGACUUGAUCAUCAUGACUCUUGAGUUCCAUUACAUUAGACAUACUGUAGCUAAAUCAUUGGAUGAAGGCGUAUUCUGUAGAGGGAGUUUUGUUAAGAGCCGUGACGCUCGGUCUGAACAUUAACAAGCAUCGCUUGUGAUACGUUUUUGGAAGCGUCGGAAGACAGAGUGGACUACCUGUGCUAAUUAGCUAUCUGCGCCCCCCGAAAACGCCUGCUGUGUGUAAACGGAAGACAGACGCCACGAACGUGUUGUCACUGAAAAAUACGGUUGUGUGUUAAAACCAGUGUACAUUGCUGAGAAGACAAAAAACAGGUACAUUCUUUCACCUGAAAGCUAGCCAGCCGGAGAGACGGGGAACAGGAUAGGGAAACAGCGCGCAGCGGGCGCCGAGGAGCCACCAGAGAAGAUGGCUGGCAGCCCAGAGAAGAGUUCCACAGCACAGGAGCUGAAGGAGCAGGGCAACCGGCUGUUCCUCUGCCGCAAGUACCAGGAAGCUGCCACCUGCUACAGCAAAGCCAUAAACCGGAACCCGUCAGUGGCGGUGUACUACACCAACCGGGCUCUGUGCCACGUGAAGCUGCAGCAGCACGACAAAGCCCUGGCGGACUGCAAGCACGCGCUGGAACUGGACCCCCAGUCGGUCAAGGCCCACUUCUUCCUGGGCCAGUGUCACCUGGAGCUGGAGAACUACGACGAGGCCAUCGGCAACCUGCAGAGAGCUUACAACCUGGCCAAGGAGCAGAGGCUGAACUUUGGAGACGACAUCCCAAGUGCCCUGCGGGUCGCCAAGAAGAAGCGCUGGAAUGGCAUUGAGGAGAAGCGCAUCAACCAGGAGAACGAGCUGCACGCCUAUCUCACCAAACUUAUCCUGGCAGAGAAGGAGAGGGAAGUGGAGGAUUGCCGGGAAAACAAAGAGGAGGACAAUCAGAGUGGAGGUGAUGUCGUCAAGAUCAAAUCAAAACAUGACAAGUUCCUUAUGGACAUGGAUGAGCUCUUUUCACAAGUGGACGAGAAGAGAAAAAAGCGGGAGAUCCCUGACUACCUGUGUGGAAAGAUCAGCUUUGAGUUGAUGAGGGAGCCCUGCAUCACCCCCAGUGGGAUCACCUACGACCGCAAAGACAUUGAGGAGCACCUACAGCGAGUGGGCCAUUUUGACCCGGUCACCCGGAGUCCUCUGACCCAGGACCAGUUGAUCCCCAACCUGGCCAUGAAGGAGGUCAUCGACGCCUUUAUCCAGGAGAACGGUUGGGUGGAGGACUAUUGAACUCCCAUAACCCCCCAUGGCUCAGAUACCCACACAGCCCAGAGCUGAGACCCACACCAGAAGUGUAAAAACAAAAAAAAAGAAGACGUGGCAGAAUUCAGAUUCCCUCCAGGACAUGCACUUUACACACAGGGGGGGCCAUACUAUGGACUGCCAAAUGACAGCCAUAGCUCAAGGUGAUUCCUCUCUCCUUCCCAAUCAGUCUCUCUAAAUCUUUCUCUCUCUUCCCUUCCUCUGAUAGUCCUCUCUCUCCCUCAGAAUCGGGGGCCAUGUUUUCUCAGGUCUCUCUCGCUCUCCCUGUCUCCAGCGCUCUCUGUCUCGCUCUUUCUCCCUGACUCUGUCUCUUCCCCUCUCUCUCUCUCUCUCUCUCUCAGUGCCACAAUCCUCACUGAACACUUCACUCUGCACUCAGGUGUCUCAGAACCCUCUAAUGUAAAGCUUCCGAUCUCCUCUCAAAUAACAUCGGCACUAUCUAUCCAAACUAUGAAAAUAUUGGCCUUUUAUCUUGCUCUUACUCCAGUAUUAUUUUGUUUACUUUGAUUUUUGAAAAAAGAAUGGGUUAGUAGUAUAGUUAGUUGUACCUACCGUAAUUACUUAUUUCCUACAAUUCAGUGUUGGAGGUCCUGGUCAAUGCCAAAGCAUUGUUUUAGUUUUCAAACAAUCUAGUGUGGAUUUUUUUAUGCAAGACAAUAUAAAAUGUGAGAUGGAUUAUGAAAGAAACUGACCAACCAAAUCAGUCUUUAUCAAGUCAUUUGCCUUUGCUGGGGAGUUAUAACAUGAGGUCAUACAAACUAGAAUGUUCCGACCGAUGGUCAACUGACCUCUAUUGCAUUAUAUCAGUCCCACAUAGCGGGCAGUUAUACUGUGUUGAAUGUACGCUUAUAGUGAGAGUGAAUAAAUUAAACCUAUUUUAUUUCACGA